GUUUUGGUUACAGAAAGCGGAAGCGAAAAAAUUACUGAACCCGAAAUUAUUUUUUGGGGAAAAAAUAGAGCUGUUGUUUAAGAAGAAAAGAGUGAGGCGAUAUAUUGCGUGCACUCUGUUUGGAUUAAGUGUGGUUUUUCGUUGUUGUGGGAUCAAUAAUCAUCAGUGCCAGAGUUUCCACAACGCAGGAGCUUUCCUUCCACAACCUCCACCUGUAGCUUCACAUCACUUCAGCCUGCCUCAUUUGUACCCAUCUCUGUCGAUGGCUGGGCGUGGCGGCGGACCGAGCAGGCCUAAUGGAGCCACAGCAACAAACAAAAUCUGCCAGUUCAAACUGGUCCUGCUGGGGGAGUCGGCGGUGGGCAAGUCCAGCUUAGUGCUGCGGUUCGUCAAAGGCCAGUUCCAUGAAUUCCAGGAGAGCACCAUUGGAGCUGCGUUCCUCACUCAGACUGUCUGUCUGGAUGACACGACUGUGAAGUUUGAGAUCUGGGACACAGCAGGUCAGGAGCGCUACCACAGUCUGGCUCCGAUGUACUACAGAGGCGCUCAGGCAGCCAUCGUGGUCUACGACAUCACCAACACAGACACUUUUGCUCGUGCAAAAAACUGGGUGAAGGAGCUUCAGAGACAAGCCAGUCCCAACAUUGUGAUCGCUCUGGCAGGCAACAAGGCAGACAUCUCCGAUAAGAGAGCUGUGGACCUUCAGGAGGCACAGGUUUAUGCUGAUGAUAACAGCCUGCUCUUUAUGGAGACUUCAGCCAAGACUGCCAUGAAUGUCAAUGAAAUUUUCAUGGCUAUUGCAAAGAAGCUACCAAAGAAUGAUCCUCAGGGCGCAGCUGGUCAGGGGGGGAGGACAAGGACGGGAGUGGAUCUACAAGAAGCUCCCCCUCAAGGCCGCAGCAGCCAGUGUUGCGGCAGUCAUUAACAAAGCCCAAAAUAAUGAACUUAGCAAGCGAGCCGUGAACAUCAUUUUAAGGAUGAUACGUAGCUGAAACCCUGACAGUCAGGAGGGGGCAGAGCCCCUCGCUUCUCCUGUACAUAAUCUCAUAUUGCAGAUGUGAUUAUCUGAAUCUUCUUUGAUUUAAAAAAAAAAACUUUUAAAAACAAAUCAUAAGCUAGAGGGAAGUCCCAGCAUCCCUCGGUUCUUUCCUCCGGGCUCUCCUCCAUCUUCUCGUCUAUCUUUCUGUUCAUGUUCAGCUUGCGUCCAUAUUGAUUAAACUCCGGUUUGCUUUACUGUUUUGAAGCGUGUUGCUGAGAUUGUUGCCAUUUUCUGCGUGUUCUGAAUGUGUAUGUAUAGUUUCUAUGUACAAUAAUAUAUACACACACAUUUUCUACUCCUGUCAUUUCCCUCUCCACGUUAAUCUUUACGACAUCUACAAUUACCCGAAUAUAAACAGUGCUUAAAAUAAAAAGCUACAGACUAGUGGUUAAUCUUUUUGUCUUACUGCAGUGUCGUUCACAGCUUUUUGAACUCGUUUGCACCUGGAAUUAACCUGUAAUG